CCGCCAUGGUGGUGAUAUUUGUUCCUUCUGUGUCAUUCCUUUGACAACUCGCUGCGCUAAAUCAACGACGUGAUAAAAAAAAAAAAUGAGAUCCUGCAGCAGGAGCAACAGCAGCGAAUUUCGAGAUUUGGAGAUGAGUAGUUACUCAUCGCCACCAUCGCCCUCGAAUCAGCCCGCAUCGAGGAAGGAAACCAGUCACGAUAUAACAACGGCGAACAAUGGAGCGCCUGUGGUGAGCCAGAAAAUCGAUAACAGCAGUCAGUCAGCAAAACACACAACAAAUAGGGCACAACUAGCGAAUGAAACUGCAUUGAAGAUUAGUUCUGACAAUAGUGUUUGUGGUGGGAGCAGCAGCAGCAGUGGUAGCAGUAUUGGGAUCGGUGUUGGUGAACCCCACAGGAUGAAUAUCAACGAGUCGGACGAAGGGAUCGUCGAGUCUGCAGUGUUGGGGAACUCCCAGGCGGCUCUCAACGAGGAGCGGCUGCGGCGGAAGCUGCAGUUUUUCUUCAUGAACCCAAUUGAGAAGUGGCAAGCGAAGCGACGAUUUCCGUAUAAAUUCGUCGUUCAAGUCAUCAAAAUAGUGCUGGUCACUUUGCAGCUGUGUUUAUUUGCACAUUCCAGAUAUAUGCACGUAAAUUACACCUGGGACAACACAAUCACGUUCUCCCAUCUGUUCCUGCGGGGGUGGGAUAUUUCGAUGGAAGUGAGCAACUAUCCGCCCGAUACGGGUCCCCUUUCGGUGUACGUGAUUGAUGAUUUUUUCGAAACCAUCGAUUAUGCCAUCGAUGGAUAUGCUAACCUUUCGGAGGCGAUAGGACCGUAUUCCUACCCGAACGAGGACAACACAAUGCCUCCGAUGCAGUUUUGCUUGUAUCGAUACAAGGAUGGCACCAUUUUCGGGUUCAACGAAAGCUACGUGUUUAAUCCGGAGAUCGAUUCGUUGUGUCUGGACUUGGAUGGCAACGUGACGGCCGUUGGCAGUCGAGACUUUCUGCAUCAGAAAGAUAUCCACAUCAAUUUCUCGGCGCUGGUCAAAGCCGAGCUAAAGUUUUCAAUAAAAACGGUCAACUUCAAAGCGGCCGGUCCGAUCACAGCUCCCGACUGCUAUCGGUUUGAUAUCCUCAUACUGUUUAACAACCAGGAUCACGAUGGCCAGAUGACGCUACGACUGGAAGCGGAACCAACCCGGCUUGUGUGCCACGGCGAUGUGGAGUUCAUCAAAAAUUCGCGAAUCGAAGACGCACUUCGAAGUGUGCUCAACAUUCUGGUGAUUCUGAUUUGCAUCAUUUCCUUUGUCCUGUGCGCUCGAGCCAUCUUCCGGGCGCAGAUACUGCGCGUUAUCACCUGUGAUUAUUUCAUCCGAACAUACGGCCGAGAUCUCACCACCGAAGGAAAAUUCGAGUUCAUCAACAUGUGGUACAUUAUGAUCGUGCUGAACGAUGUGCUCCUCAUCAUUGGCUCGGCCCUGAAGGAGGAAAUCGAACAGAAACACUUCAUCGCAGACGAUUGGAACGUUUGCUCGCUGCUGCUGGGAAUCGGAAACCUGCUGGUUUGGUUUGGAGUUCUGCGCUAUCUCGGGUUCUUCAAAACGUACAACGUUGUGAUAUUGACGCUGAAGAAAGCGGCACCGAAAAUAAUGCGUUUCCUGCUCUGUGCCCUCCUGAUCUAUGCUGGCUUCACCUUCUGCGGCUGGCUCGUGCUCGGUCCCUAUCACAUCAAGUUCCGAUCGCUGUCCACUACCUCGGAGUGCCUGUUCUCGCUGAUUAACGGCGACGAUAUGUUCGCUACGUUCAGCAUUAUGUCGGAGAAAUCGCUGAUGCUGUGGUGGUUCUGUCGGAUCUAUCUGUAUUCGUUCACCAGCCUGUACAUCUACGUGGUCCUCUCGUUGUUCAUCUCGGUCAUCAUGGAUGCAUACGACACGAUAAAAAAAUACUACAAGGAUGGAUUCCCCCAGUCUGAUCUGCGAAUGUUUGUGGGUCCGUACGAUCCGAACGAUUUCUCGGCCGGAGUGUUCCGAGAUGAUGAAGGCGAAAUCGAGAGUAUGACCUUCGGCGAAUCGCUGAAGCGGAUAGUUUUCUGCUGCUGGCGUGAACCGAACCGUGGUCCCACUGGUUACACGUCUCUGCUGGAAAAGUCUAUCUCCUCGUCCGGAGGUUAUAUGCCCUAGACCUAGUUGUAAGCUUGUUUUAUGCGUUAUUGUAACAUAUCACACACUGGUUAACCGAAUAAAUACGUAGGCAUAAUUGGAACCAAAAAUAGUGAUAAACGAUAUUGUUGUUAUGUUAUGCCGCUCAAAUUUCUCGAAGAAGGAAUUGAAUAAAGUUUUAGAAAAUGAAUUAUCACAAAUUGUAUAUAAAAUUUUGCUCUGUUGCUCUGUAUCAUUUACGAUUGUGGAUCGAAACGCGUAUGAAUAAAUUUUAAGUUCGA